ACGUGCACGUUCACGACACCAGCGGCCGCGCGCACGUAGCUGUCAGUAGGAAAUGCUGGGUGUUCGGGCAGUGUGCACUGCAGCCGCUAAGCUUGAAUAAUUUGAACGCGUAGCAUUCUUUUAGAAAUAUUUAACAUUUUUAAAAUAAAGUUUUUUAGUGCCGUUUGAUGAGGCUGAUAGUGCGCAUGUCUAAUGUGGAGAUCGAAACCUUCAGAUAAGCUCGGCUAACACAGCAACGACGCUAAUGCUAAUAGUUAAGGGGCUAAAAAUUAGCUAGUUUGCAACUUAGCUUGCUAAUGCGGAAUAUUUGCUCCUCAACAGCGAACAUUUUUCUGUGUUUCUAUCCGGUCGGGCGGCUUGGGACCCUCGGUAAACGGAAGACGCUGUGGAGCCGGAGCUGUGGCGGGGGUGGGUGUAUUAUGUACAGGAAACCCCUGGCUACCCAGGAGGACGGAUCGCAGUGACACGCAGGUCGAGGGAGAGAUCAGUGGGGAACCAUGGCUGAGCUCUCCACGUUAUCCCCAUCUCCGCCUGCGUUGGGUGAUCCCUGUGCAGCCCCACCCAUAACUCCGUCUUCAUCUGCGCUCCCUCCUGCUAGCAACACUCCACCAGAAUCUAUUCAGGAAAUGCCUCUUCCCAAGUCUUCCCUUUACAAUGACAAAGCUCUGAGUGGAAACGCUUCUGCAGCAUCCUCAAACGCUUCACCGUUGACUCCACAUUUGUCCGCAAGUCCCCCCACACUUGCAGGAGAAACUCCCCCUCCACCGUCAGGAAAUCAAGAGUCAAAUGAGAAAUCCAACAGUGUCCCGGCUGCUGCAGAACUCCCGAAUGCAGUGGAAGCUCCACAAUGUGCAAGUGGGCCUUCAGAUCCAAGCACAGAGCUGCAAGCGUCCUGUCCACCUGAUCUAGAUGUUACUCUGUACCCUAAUGUGCAGGUAAGCCAUGAGGACGGCCAAUCUGAGAAGGUGCCCGAUUUCACUCCCACAACUGCUUCUUCAGCUGCAACAGCGGCUGAGGUGGAGACUCCUCAGACAGUUGAACAAGAACAAAAGCCUCUAAGUAAGCCUCCUCCUUUGUCCCCAAAGCCUCGCUUAUCUGGUGAACCCAACAAGCCAGAGCUUUUCCACACUCCAACCCGAGCUGGACACUCUAGCCCCACGGUCCCAAUGAUCCAAGAGCCCGUCCUCCCAUACGCCGGCCCCCGACACCCUGAGUUACCUGGAAUCCGCCAGCCUGAUGUCGGGAACAUUGGAGUCCCUAUCUGGACUGGGAGAGGACGGGAGCUCCGUGGGCUCCGACUCCGAGAUCAAUGGCCUCACUGUCAAACGCACUGAUAAAUAUGGCUUCCUGGGCGGGAAUCAGUACAGCGACACAAAUUCCGCAAGAAGAAGCUUCGUUUCGGUCGCAGCAGGAUUCACGAGUGGGGCCUGUUUGCCAUGGAGCCCAUCGCCGCUGACGAAAUGGUCAUCGAGUACGUGGGUCAGAACAUCAGACAGAUGGUGGCGGACCAUCGAGAAAAGAUUUACGCUCAGCAGGGCAUCGGGAGCAGCUACCUGUUCAGAGUGGACCACGACACGAUCAUAGACGCCACCAAGUGUGGGAACUUGGCCCGAUUCAUCAACCACUGCUGCACUCCCAACUGUUACGCCAAGGUUAUCACCAUAGAGUCCCAGAAAAAGAUUGUCAUCUACUCCAAGCAGCCUAUCGCCGUCAAUGAAGAGAUCACCUAUGACUACAAGUUCCCACUAGAGGAGAACAAGAUCCCCUGCUUGUGUGGAACAGAAAACUGCCGUGGGACUCUCAACUAACGAAAGCACUUCCCCCUUUCCGUUUCUUGCCAACGUCCUGCCGGACCCUUUCACCCUUUUGGUUCUCCUUCCUGAUGAGUGCUAGCAAAGUAGAAACGAAGCCAACGUUGGAGACCGGUUAGCUCUCCGGAUGACUUCAGUUGAGUAGGAAACCGUGACGCAGGCAUUUGCACUUUGUAUGCACAGCUUCAUG